UCUUGUAGAGUCAGUCUUUUGUUGAAUUCUACAGAGUGCGCACGCGUCACUUUGUAAACUAGUUUUGAUAAAAAACUAGUUGAAUUUGGAACAACUAGUCGUAGUUUUUGCAAAAUGAAUCGGUAUUCGGUGGUGGUUUUGCUUGCUGUGCUGGGGGGUGUUUAUACUCAUACAUACCAUUUGGGAGCCUGUCCUGUGGUAGAGCCGAUGCCUGGAUUUGAAAUGAAUAAGCUGCUGGGCGUAUGGUACGUCAUCCAGAAGACCUCAACGGCCUCGCACUGCAUCACGUACAACUUCACCAAGACGCCCGAGCCCGGGAAGUAUGAGCUGGAGCAGGUCUCCCAGCACUUCAUCUUGGGAUUGACUCCGUUGAAGCAUGAUUACAGAUACACCGGUAUCCUGACAGUCCCGGACCCAGCUGUUCCUGCAAGGAUGAAAGUGCGAUUCCCUCUUAGUGUAGCAGGCUCAGCGCAGUACACGGUCAUUGCCACAGACUACACCACGUACGCCGCCAUCUUCACCUGCCAGAAGCUUGCGUUCGCGCACCGAAGAUCCGCGACGAUCCUGUCGCGCGGCAAGGAGCUCGACAAGAUGUUUGUUGACAAGAUGCGCACCAAACUGUCUUCCUUCGGCGUAGACCCGUACGACCUGUCCAUCAUCACGCAGACCGGCUGCCCGCUCCACCCCAAUGGGUCCACAGAGGGCGUCAACAUCAACAUCGAUCCCAACACCUUCUCCUCCCAUAACAUCGGUCAGGCUGUCAGGAAGACUGGAGAGACCAUUGCUGACGGAGUGGAAUACGUCGUAGAAGCAGGCAAGAAGGUUUACCACAAGGUAGCCAGCAGCAAGGAGGAUCUCACCGAGACGCCCACGCAUGGGCGUGAACGUAACCUUGAUAUGGACGCUGAGUGGUUACCUUGAAGAAGUUCCUCUCUUAGUUUAGGUUUAAAGGAGGCUAUAUCGGAUACAUAGACAACAGAUGAUACGCAAAGA